GAAAAAUCAAAAAUAGAACUUCAACCAUGUGUAAAUCGUGUAAUUUUCUCUUUUAUAUUUAAGGUUGUAUGAAAUAGAGCAAACAUAAUUCCCAAUCUCCCCCUCCUACCGUAACACCUUCCCAUUUUGAAAUACAACCCUCCUCCACGGCUCGACUGCUAACCCCAGUUUCCUCGCUACUGAACUGGAAUUUGUUGCUCCAAAUUGCGUCACAUUCUUCGUUUGUGAGUUGAGGACCGUGAUUCCAACUCUGGUGUUCGUAGCGGAUUUGUCGAUUCUCACGUAUAUCUUUAGAUUUUAGAAACACAAAUUGAUUGUUCUCUUUCUCCCUCGUGUUACUUCCCAGAGUAAAGAGCCAUGAAUGCCCCUGAUCGUUAUGAGCGCUUUGUGGUUCCUGAAGGCACAAAGAAGGUUUCCUAUGAAAGGGACACAAAGAUCAUAAAUGCAGCUUCCUUCACUAUAGAAAGAGAAGAUCAUACUAUUGGAAACAUCGUUCGCAUGCAGCUGCAUAGGGAUGGGAAUGUUCUGUUUGCUGGUUACAAGCUUCCUCACCCUCUUCAGUACAAAAUCAUUGUUCGGGUUCACACAAGUAGCCAGUCUUCACCAAUGCAGGCUUAUAAUCUAGCCAUCAAUGAUCUGGACAAAGAACUUGAUCAUCUGAAGGCUGCAUUUGAGGCGGAGGUUGCAAGGGUUUCUGGGGAGUACUAAUUGGGUUGAUGGCAUAUAAGCUAUCUUAUUUUGGUAUGUUACUUUGAUGUUAACUGCAAGAAAUUGGUGUUUUUCUUUUGUCAAUUUGCCCUAUGUAGGAUGUAAGUCAGAAAGUGGUAUUGUUUUGGUGUCAAUAGUGAAUGCCUUUAUGUGCAAAAAGUUUAAAACUUGUAACUUUUCCUUUUGAUCUAUUGAUGCCAAUAUGUGCUUUAAAGGAUGUGUUUGUUACAUGGGAUGCAACUAAGCUUUCUAGGGCUACAUUUAGUGAUAAUUUGCAUAGGUGAU